AUGUUUCCACCCGCGCGGGGCUCCGGGGCCGGCGGUGCGGGUGACACAGCGAGAGGCCGCGGAUCGCUGCCCGGAGCCGCCGCACGCCGGCAGCCGCCUCGGGGUACGGGCUCCGCGGGGAGCCGCCCGCGGCGGGAGGAUGUCCGUGGCGGGGCUCAAGAAGCAGUUUCACAAAGCCAGCCAGCUGUUCAGUGAGAAGAUAAGUGGAGCAGAAGGAACGAAAUUAGAUGAAGAAUUUCAAGAGAUGGAAAGGAAAAUUGAUGUUACAAACAAAGCUGUGGCAGAGCUUCUGUCGAAAUCCACAGAAUAUCUUCAGCCAAAUCCAGCAUACAGAGCCAAGCUGGGAAUGCUGAACACUAUGUCAAAGAUAAGAGGACAAGUUAAAACUACAGGCUAUCCUCAGACAGAAGGACUCCUAGGAGACUGCAUGAUACGGUAUGGCAGAGAGCUUGGCGAUGAUUCUAUGUUUGGCCUUGCGCUGCUGGAUGCUGGUGAAAGCAUGAAGCAAAUGGCAGAGGUGAAGGACUCGCUUGAUAUUAAUGUCAAACAAAAUUUCAUUGAUCCCCUACAGUUACUGCAGGACAAAGAUUUAAAAGAGAUUGGGCAUCAUUUGAAGAAACUGGAAGGACGGCGUUUGGAUUAUGAUUAUAAAAAGAAACGUCUUGGAAAGAUACCAGAUGAAGAAGUUAAACAAGCUGUAGAAAAAUUUGAGGAGUCAAAGGAACUAGCUGAAAGAAGCAUGUUCAAUUUCUUAGAAAAUGAUGUAGAGCAAGUUAGCCAGUUGGCUGUGUUUGUAGAAGCAGCACUAGAUUACCACAAACAAUCUACAGAAAUAUUGGAGGAUCUGCAGAGCAAGCUGCAAAACCGAAUAAAUGUAGCAUCUAGUCGGCCUAAACGUGAAUUUAAGCCCAAACCUGUAAUAACUACAACUCUGGAAACUGGUGAUAAUCAGCAGCACAAUGGGAUUGCUUAUAGCUCUUCUAUAAAGUCAUCAGGUUCUUCAAUGCACGUGGAUCAGCCCUGCUGCCAAGCUCUCUAUGACUUUGAACCAGAAAAUGAAGGCGAGCUUGGGUUUAAGGAAGGGGACAUCAUAACUUUGACCAAUCAGAUUGAUGAGAAUUGGUAUGAGGGGAUGUUAAAUGGAGAGUCUGGCUUCUUCCCAAUUAAUUAUGUUGAAGUGAUGGUACCCUUGCCUCAGUGAUUGUGUCAUUCAAGCUGUGAACAUGAUUUCAUGACUGAAAUGGAUUCACAAAUGUUGUCAGUGUGGCAUUCUGUGAAAGCCUUGCUAUUUGACUGACUUACUGACUUUUGUAUGCGUCUUUUUAAAAUGUAUUUAUUUUAUAUUCCAAAAAAUUUUACCUUCCCUGACACCAUCAACCUGCAAAAAAACCCAUACCCAGUUUUUUUGCUUUGUGCCUUGAAGAUCACUGUAUGAAGUGUUUACUGGUAGCUCACUGUUGCUCCCAAAAUGCAUUUAUUUGCUAAUCUUGUACAUGGUUUUGUUUCUUCCUUUUUUUU